AACUUGCUGUGAAUUUGGAGGAUUUGUGCCUGCAGUUCUCGCCAAAGAGAAGGCACUACACUCCCAUGAAGACCAUCUUCUCCCGCUGCACCAAACUCAGGACUUUUUGUCUUGAAGGCAGAUUCGAGUCUGACGAAUUGCUGCGAGACUUGCGGCAAUGCAAAUGUUUGGAAGUGUUGCGGCUGGGCAGAGUGGAGAAUGUUAACUGUGCUCUUCUAAUGAAGUUGACAACUUCUCUGAAAGAGCUGUCAAUCCACAACGUUGAAACGUUAGAAAACUUUGGAACGAAUGAAAGCCAUGUGGACUUCGCAUUCAACUCAAGCCUCACGACAUUCCGCAUGUUCAACCAUGUCUUACUGCCACAUCUGGAAAUUUGGCUGGGGAAAACUCUGUUGUCAUCCAUGGCUCGCAAGUGUCCUGCGCUGACCCAACUCCAGCUUGAUUGCUCCUGGUAUUAUGCGCCACCCAAUUUCAAGCCAUUCAAUAACUUGAAGGUGCUGCACUUCAUUGCUUCGGACGGCGAUAAAAUCGAGUUUCUUCUGAAAAAUGUUCUGCCUGACCUCGAGGAUCUCUACAUCGAGUUCUCAACAGAGAAAGUAUAUUAUGUAAGCUGCUAGUCCAAGCGGGACUGAAAUUUCAUGUGAAUUUGAG